AUGUCUACCAAGCUUGAUAAGCCUCUUGACGAGAUCGUCAGCGCCAAGCGCCGCGACUCUGUUCGCCGCCGCUCCCUGCGACGAUCAACCACCGGUCGCCCUGCUCCUACCGCCCCUGCCGGUGGUAUCCAGAAGACCGCGGCCAAGAACUCUCGUGGCUCUGCCGCAAAGGCCACACCCAUCAAGGCUGCUAUUCCUAGCAGCGACAGCAAAGUCAUCGUCAGCAACUUGCCCAAGGACGUGACGGAGAAGCAGAUCAAGGAAUACUUUGUUCAAUCUGUCGGCCCCAUCAAGAAGGUUGAACUGUCCUACGGCCCCAACUCCCAAAGCCGAGGUAUCGCCAAUGUCACCUUCAGCAAGCCUGAGGGUGCUUCCAAGGCACUCUCGACUCUCAACGGAUUGUUGGUCGACGGCCGUCCCAUCAAGAUUGAAAUCAUUGUCGGAGCUGCCCAGGCCGACAAGGUUAUUCCCCCGAUUAGGACUCUAGCUGAGCGCACAACCCAACCCAAGGGCCAGCCCAAAUCUGCCGCUGGCAAGAAGCAGAACACCACUGCCACCAAGGCUGGUGGUGCCAAGGGAGCCGCCGCGAAUGCCAACAAGAAGCGCCGCGGCCGUAAUGCCCGCCCUGCCAAGAAGACUGCCGAAGAGCUCGACUCGGAGAUGGCAGAUUACUUCGUUGGUGCCGGCAACGCUGAUGCUGGUGCCGCUCCGGCUGCGGCUGCCGCUGCUCCCACCAACGGCGAUGCUCCCAUGGAGGAUGAGAUUAUGGUACGUUAGAAUUCUUUCCAGCAGUGAGGACGCGGCUAAUCAUGGUACAGUAAUGACUAUACUUUACAUUUUUCAUAUGACGGGUGAUAAGGCAGGCGUUCCAUGGGGACUGUGGUUUAGAUAUCAAUAAACGAGAAAAAAAAUUGAAACUGGCACAGCAUGCGCUAGGGUAUAAUGCGCCAUUCGAAGUCGCUCACAGAGAUGUUGUUGCUACUAUAACAGAAUGUCUAGGGGUGGGUUAGGAAGCUUUGGAGUAUGACACCAAUUAUCUGCUUUUUUUUAUUAAUUUUUUUUACCGCUAUUUUCCUAUCACUGGACUUAAGCAUGCAGUCGGGUGCUGGCAAGU